AGAUUCUUCAUCAAACAAACAGUUCCACAAGCACUUCCUGUUUCUUUUAUUCAACCAUUCAAAUAUCUCUCACAAGCUAAAUUAGAUUCUUGUUAUAUUAUUUUUUUUAACAAGAUGGGGUCAUCAGAAAUUGUAGAUUCAAGCAAGGUUACUGGUCAGAAAUCUCAGUUUUCUCAAACUUGUAAUCUUUUGAGUCAAUUCUUGAAGAAAAAUGGUUCUGUUGGAGAUCUUAAUAAUCUUGGUAUCUACAGAAACUUUGAACCAACUGGAUCUCAACAAACAACUACCACCACUACAAUGAAUUUGUUACCAAUGAUUGAAAAAUCAGGUGAUUCAUCAUCAUCAUCAUCAGAAAAAAUUCCUCAAAAACCAAUGAAUCUUUUCCCACAAGAAGUUGAUUUUGCCAAAGAACAAAUCUCAAAAAACACUGAACCAGAAAAGGCACAAAUGACCAUAUUCUAUGGUGGACAAGUCAUUGUAUUUGAUGAUUUUCCAGCUGAUAAAGCAAAUGAAAUCAUGAAAUUAGCCAGCAAGAAAAACACCAAGAACUCCACAAAUAAUUUUUCUUAUACCAUGGUGAAUAAUCAAGAACUCCCAAAGUGUCAAGUCCCAAUUCCAAAGCCAUCUGUUGCUGAUUUACCAAUUGCAAGAAGAAAUUCACUUACAAGAUUCUUGGAGAAAAGAAAAGAUAGAGUAACAGCAACUGCACCAUACCAAAUCAGCAACAAAAAAAUUGCUAAUUCUAAGAAUGAGGAGAACAAGGCAUGGUUGGGAUUAGGUGCUCAAUUUGUUAAAACUGAGCAGUACUUUUAGUUAUAUUUUGAUGAAUAUAGGACUAUUGCUUUGAUAUAAUACUAUUAAAUGACCCAAGUUUCUUUUUUGUGGCUUCAAGCUUGAUUGAAGCCAUUUUGAUCUAACUAUGAAUAUUUACUAGUACCAUUUUUUGUAACUAAGACUAGGGAUGUUUGUUCAGUACCUCAUAUGUAUUACUAUUUGAUUAAUCAACUUUCAUUGAUUUUGCUUUUA